AUGGCCUUUUCCCCUAAUCCGUUUAUGGUGUCAUCUCUCAUACUUUGUUUGUGCACUUUGAUAUCCCUAGGAUCUAGCUACUCAAUACAUCAAAGCUGCGAUAGAUUUAGAGCCGAUGUCCGGGCCGCUGCUGAUGAAGCCAUACGUAUGGCCAAACAUGCCAAAUUUCGUGCUGAUUUACAGAACCCUCCGGCAGGAGAAAUUGUGGAUACGUUAAUUGGUACUCCGAAUGGCCUGCAAUCAUUUAAGAGGUAUAUGGAGCGGGUUCCUAAGGAAGUAGGAGAGCACUCUAGGGGGCCGCAAAUUGGGGCAAUAUUGAUUAAGUGUGGCGAUCGCCAUUUAAUAGAAAGCUCAUAUCGUCCAGGUGAUUAUCUGGACUUUGACUGGCCCCGCAUGCGGCCGACGUCAAAUAUCUAUGGAACAAGGUUUUGCUCCGGAGAUCACUUGGCCAUCACGUAUGAAACCGGUCAAGAGAAUCCAAGAGCUGUCGUUCUACUCUGUGAAACCCCUUCGGGGGAUCUCAAAUUCCAUGAGGUCGCGAUCGUUGAGAAUUGGAACGACGCCGCAGUGGAGGGUAUUGAAGUCGACCUGCUAGAAGAUUUCAUGAGCGUGACACUUCUCCAUGAGUUUUUGCAUGGAAUAGACGGGGACCAGUUCCCUGCCGAGUUAGCACCAGGUGUUCCUGAAGCAUAUGGAGUACAUGACAUCAAAACUCUAACUAGUGCACAGAAGAUGAAAAAUGCUGAUAGCUACGCCCUACUUGCUGGAGGCUUAUAUUAUCGGCUUCGCCCACUUGACAAGAAUGGUGUCUUUCAGAGGCCAUAUGAGAAGGGAAGAGAGCCGCCGAAAGGCCCACAUCCCGAGGAUAGUGUUCUCUGGAUAAGAAAUUCCGACGAUGAAGAGGACUCCGACGCUGAUUUUAAUGCGAAUCGCCGUGCUAGAACCAAGGCAGAAACUAUAGCACAUGGCAAACCGGAAAUGUCUAAUAUUAUCCAGGUUUAG